GUCGUCUUCCAUUUCAUCAUCAGUCCUCUUAUUUAAGGGCUUUUAUUCUAUUUAGUCGAGUUAUACUUGCCAUCCUGAUAGACACAAAACAGAACAGAAACACCGCAAGCUGAUUGAUAUCACCAUGAUCGACGAAACCCCGCUCUCCGCAUCCCUGUCUGAACGCCGGAACUCGCUGGAGAAGCAUCUGCAGACUCGUCCGGACCAGAGGGAUCUCAAGGAGAGACAUAUUCUGCUAGAUACAAACGUGGCGCCAUCCCUGCAAGCUGCUAGUCAGGGCCUUGCCCGUCAGAGCACGACGGAUAGUCUAAAGAAACAUCUCGAGAAACGUCCUGAUAGGGAAGUUCUUAUUGAUCGCAAUAUCCUCCCUGCUGUGAAUGCGGCGCCAGCUCUCCAGGCUCAUGCCCGCGAGCUCGAGAAGAAUAUGCGCGCGGAUUCUCUGGAACAGAAGAUUCAGCAUCGGCCGCAGCCGGAUGAGUUGAUUAGCCAUGGGAUUUUGGGUGAUGAUCCGAGGACCCUGUGAUUCAUUCGGUUGAUUUUGAUAUGAUGGUAUGGAUAUGAUUGGUUGGAGUUAUUUGAUUGGAUUUAUUGGUUUUUGUUUUGGACAGAGAUGGAAUUUGAAUAAUGGGUCAUGGAGGACUGAAAUUGGAUCAGAAUGAUGGAGUCUAGGAAAGUAUGGUUAUUCUGUUUUAUCCUGAAGAAUGAAAUUAUCGUCAAUUGGCAC